ACUCUGUAGAGCAACUCAACUUAACUGACACUUUUUUACUGAGUUUGUCGUCUGGUCCGAAAGCAAGGGAACGGAAAGGUCAGAGGUGGUGCGAGAAAUGGAACGGGAUAUUAACGACGUUUUUGAUGAUAUAGCUUUAGCAGAAAAUAGGUAUCAGAAAAUAGGAUUUACCAGAGGUUUUAGUUUAGGUGAAGAAACAGGAUAUAAAGAAGGUUAUGCUUUGGGACUUCAAAGAGGGGCACAGAUAGCUUCUGAAAUUGGAUUUUAUAAAGGAUUUGCUAUUGCAUGGAUGAUUGUUUUAGAAGGAGAAGAAACUGCCAAACAAAGAAAAAUAAAUGCACUUAAAUCUUUGCAAGAAAUGACUGAGAGCUUCCCUCACACAAAUAUUCAAGAUGAUGAUGCAGUCAGUAAACUCUUGAAAAUUAGGGCAAAGUUUAAGCAAGUUAUAUCUCUACUUAAUGUGGAAACAGAAUAUGUAUCUGAACUAAGGCCAGCCAGUGCACAAGCGCAACCUCGACCUGAUGAACUGUCAUUUUAAUUUUUUAUUCUUUUUUAAUAGAUUUCAAUAUGUUAUCAUACUUCAUUCAAAAAAAUGCAUUUCUUUGAGAUUGCAUAGAUUAUUUUGAAAAUAAUUAUCAUAAUGAGUUCAGUGGAAUUUUUCUUAUGUAAUAUAAACACACUUGCAUAAAAUUUGCUCAAAUGUUGUUAUUUGUUGUUAUGUAUGUUCAGUAAAAUAUGAAAUUGUAAAUAACUAGGAAGAUUAUUAAUGCUAACUUUUAAAGUAAGAGAAAUUAAUUUUAAACAAUUGUUUAAAGUUCCAUUGUAAUUUAGCAUACUGUUUAGUAAAAAGAAAGUAAAAAUUGUAAAGGAUAAUUUCUUUUCAAGAAAAUUAUAUUGAAUAUAAGUUAUGCUUUGAUAAAUAAUUAAUAUCAUUCUUCAACUAAUGAAAUGAGAAAUAUUCAAGUAAGCUUGAUAAGUAUUCAUGAUUUUUCAAGUCUUGAAAAUAAUUUUCUUCUGAGUGGGGCAUAUUUUUAUAGAUUAGUGGGUAAAAUGACUCUUAUUUUUCUAACUACUAUACAAUACAUCUAAAUAAUUAGAUUUGCCACUUUUCAUUGAUUUUUCUUAAUAAUCAUUCCAAUCAUCAUCUAUUCAUUCCUACUUAAAUAAUUUUAAUUUCUCUGUGUAGCUGUAUUGUGUGUGUCAUUGAAUAUAUCAUAUAAAGCAAAGAUAUUGUCACUUCUGUACACAAGUUGUGUGAAUGAAUGUAAAUGUAUGGAGGGAUUGAUAUAUCAUUUUAGACAGAAUCAAUGUUGAAAUAUUGGGAAUCAUUGACUUUUAUUUUUAACUUAAAUAUCAGUGCAUAUGUUCAAGCAAUUAUUAUAAUAUUCUUUUAGAAUUUGAAGCAGCAUUUUUUUAAAGAAGAGAAAUGUAGUUUUCUUAGUUAUGUCAAAAGUUGUGGUUAUAAGUUCCAAAAUUUUUUAAUUUCUUGUCUUAAUUUAUUUGUCUGAUUAUUAUAUUAAAUGAUAUUAUGUGAAUUUGUCAUUGCUGCUUUAUUAGUGCUGUUUCAAUAAUUUAUCUUAAUAUGAUAGUUCAUUCUAAAUUAAAUUUUUAAUGCAAUAUCAUAGUUUUGUAAUAAAUACAUAAAAUAAAGUCAUAGAUUAUAAUUCAAAUUAGUGUCUUUUCUGUAAAUUGGUUAGAAUUUUAUUGACUUUAAAUUUUGUUAAGAAUUUUAGCAGCUUCAUCAAAUCAUUAGCUUUUGAUUCAGCGUUGAUAUGCACAUAAAAUAUAACUGAUAUUGUUACAGAUAACCUAUUGUAAGAUUUAUGUUUUGACCCAUUUUUGAAAAAUAAUGAUAACACAGUAGAAAGAAGUCUUAAUAAUUAUAUCUAAGCCAUAUAAUCUGAAAUAUAUGCAAAAUAUGAAUAGGAAAGGGAACAAUUUGUUAAUCAAAUAUUGACAUCAUAGAUAAAAGUAUAUACAGAAUGAAAUGUAAAGGUUUUGAUUCUUCUCUCAUUCCUGCCCCCUCUUUUUGGCUACUAAAAGCUGAACAAAAAGUGUGGAGAGUGGUUUAAAAAAACUACAGCCAUCCUAACAAAGUGCUUAAUAUUUAUUUAAAGAGGUUUCUAAUUUUCUGAAAUAUAAAUAAUGUAUUUUAAAAUUGCAUCUUUUACUCUAUUCUCAAAUAUUACCAAACUAUUUACUAUCACUUUAUUUUGAAAGCUUUUGUGUCAUCAUUAGAAUAACUAUUUUAAUUUGUAACUCUUUGUAUUCAGUUGUUUAUAUGAAAAAAAAAAAAAAGGAAAAAAGGGGGAAAAAACUUUUUUCAUCAUUAAUUUUAAAGUAUAAUUUCAAGAUUUCAGUAAAAUGUUAAGAGUAAAUUGUUGUCUUUUAUGAAUCAAAUAUGAAACUUUUAAAUGUUUUUUACUGCUUUAAAAUAACUUUCUCAUUCAUUUUUUAUUUGAGAAAGCCUACAAAUCAUGUAGUUUUGUUGUGGAUUGAAAUGGCUCAAAGUCACCAUUUUAAAUGUCUCUGAAUGAAUGACUGAUAAAACCUCUCCUCUACAUAGCACUUUAUGUCUUAAUAUGUAGCAUUGAAUAUGAACAAAAUUUUCAUCUUUGAAUCUCAUGUAUUGAAUAUUUUCAGAAAAAUAUGUUUAGACAUUCAUGUUUAGAUGCAUUUUUUCAUUUCUUUGUACUAAGAAUAUACAUUUUAUUAAAUAAAGCAUCUUUAAUUUCUUCUUGUACAAGAAAUUUAAAUCAUGUUUACAGUUAUUUGCUCAUGUUGCACCUUUACAUAUAGGUAUCAGCCAUAUUCUUGGCAAAGGAAUUUUUACAUAGAUCAAGCUUAUCAAAAUAAUGAUUAAAUUUUCCACUCAAAAAUCUCUUCAUUGAAUUUCAUCUGAUUGUGUUUGAUUUACUGGAAUUUUCUUGCAUGUACUUGUCCCUAGUUUUAUUUUCUUUUAAAUUUAAUUUCUUGUGUCUAUUUUUUAUGUUAUAUAUGCUAACGUUUAUUAUACGAGUGAAAUUUCCAUUCAAAUUUGUUUGUGUUGGAUUUAAGAGUUUUUUGAAUGUACCUUCCUUUCCAAUGUUGUUUUUCUCUUUGGCUACUAAUAGCUGAAUAAAUUGUGCUCAUUUGUAUCAGUAUGUAUAUGUAUAUAUUCCAAUAAUAUGACAGCUGCAUUUUUAUAACUUGAAUUUCUUGUUUGUGAUCAUUUUGACUGCAUUACUUAUAAUACAAUAAUGUCUGAUGUAUUGGGUACUGUGUGAAAAGUGAUUAAAAAAAUAAAAUGUCACAACCAUUCUAAUGAAGCGCUUAAUACUUAUUUGAAGAGUUUUAUAAUUUUCUGAAGUAUGAAAUAUGCAUUUUAAAAUUGUAUGUUUUAUUAUAAUGAUAAAUGUUACUCUGUUAUCUGCUAUUACUUUUACUGUUUAACUCCUUAUAUUUAUUAGUUAGUAUGUUGUUUGUAGUAAUGUUUAGCAUUUACUGUAUGCAUCUGUAUAUAUAUGCAAUUAUAUUUUCAUAAUUUUCUGUUGACCUGUGUCACUUGAAAAAAAAAAGAGAGAGAAAGGAAAUAGGCUUUAACUGUUUCAGGAAUAUAAAUUCAAAAUUAUAUCCAUUUAAGAGUUAAAAAAGAUCUUUUCAAAAAAUUUACUUAUCUUACAAUUAAGCAAAUAAAUUAUUGUUUUUUAAUGUUUUGUGUAUUGUAUGUGUGUAGUUUUAUUUGCAUUACUACUAUUUUGAAAUAACUGACAUAACUGCACACUGAGCCCAAAACUUUUGCUUUUUUUCUACCCUAAAGAACUACAAUUUUCUGUGAUUGUUAAUUAAGUUUUAAUUUUUUUCAAUAAAUGUUUUCUCUAAUUUUUGAAAAUGAUCUUACAAAUUGGGGAAUUAAUUUUUUAUUAGGAGGAGUGCUUUAUUGCUUGGUGUAAAUAUUAAAUAAUAGAAUUACAAAUUAUUAUAAAAUAGUAUAUUUUUUAAUGUGAUGAUAAAUUUGACUUGUAUGAACUUGACCUGUUUUAAUGCACCAAAUGAAAAGUAUCAAACUUUCAAGAAGAUUUGUUUUUAAUGCAAGUGCUUUUUUAUUUAUUUUUUGUAGAUAGACUUAGCUUUGGUUAUUCAUACCUUAUUGUGAUAUUUUAUUGUUAGUUCACUUCUCUUGACACAACAGAGAAACACUUUGAUUAUUACCUGCUCUAGUCAUGUAGGUAACUAAUAUGGCGCUCAAUGUAUUUUUCUAUAUGUGAUUAUUAUCUUUUUUGCUGCCUUUGUCUCAUUUGUAUCAGUAUGUAUAUGUAUAUAUUCCAAUAAUAUGACAGCUGCAUUGUUAUAACUUGAAUUUCUUGUUUGUGAUCAUUUUGACUGCAUUACUUAUCUCUGACAGUAUGCUUUUAUGUAAUUAAAGUGGCUUAUCUUGAAUAAUAGUUAAUUUGAUAA